AUGAAGUUCUCCGCUAUCUGUUUGGCCGCCGUCCUCUCUGCCCAGGCUGCUUGGGCCGCCCCAGAGGCAUAUGGGUAUGAUUAUAACAAUAACAGCCCAAAUCCAAACUGUACACCAUCUACAGUGACCAAGGUUUCCACCAAGAUCGUUGAGGCUCCAGCCAAGACCGUCACCAGUGUCAAGACUGUUACCGCUGCUCCAGUUACUGUCACCAGCAAGAGCACCACCACUUGCACUGUCACCAAGACCGCUCCAGCUGUGACCGUCACCAAGACUGCUCCAGCUGUCACCAACUAUGUCACAAAGACUCAGACCAUCGCCGGUCAGCCAGUUACCUACACCAAGGAAGCUGUUACCAGCUAUGUCACCAAGACUCAGACCUUGACUCAACCAGCUGUCACCAACUAUGUCACCAAGACCCAGACCAUUGCCGGUCAGCCAGUCACCUAUACUAAGGAAGCCGUCACAGUCACCAAGACUCAGACUCAGCCAGCCGUUACCAACUAUGUUACCAAGACCCAGACCAUCGCUGGCCAGCCAGUUACUUACACCAAGGAGGCCGUCACUGUUACCAAGACCCAGACUCAACCAGCUGUCACUGUUAUCAAGACCCAGACUCAACCAGCUGUCACCAACUACGUAACCAAGACCCAGACCAUUGCUGGUCAACCAGUCACCUACACCAAGGAGGCUGUCACCGUCACCAAGACUGUCGCCGGACAGCCAGUUACCGUCACUAAGACCGCUACUGUUCAAGGAUACUCCACUGUCACUGUCACCAAGACCCAGACCAUUGCCGGCCAGCCAACCACCGUCACUAAGCAAGCCGUCACUGUCACCAAGACUGUCCAGGGAUAUGCCACUGUCACCUCCACCAAGACUGCCACUGUCACCAAGAACGCCGGAUACAAGACUGUCACUGUCACCAAGAACGCCGGAUACAAGACUGUCACCAGGACUGUCCAAGGAGCCACUGUCACCAAGACUGCCACUGUCACCAAGAACGCCGGAUACCAAACUGUCACUGUCACCAAGAACGCCGGAUACCAGACUGUCACCAAGACCGUUCACGGUGCCCCAGUUACCAAGACUACCACUGUCACCAAGAACGUUGGAGGAUACAACGUCACCGUCACUAAGACUGCCACCGUCACCAAGAACGCCGGAUACCAGACUGUCACCAAGACUUACACUAAGCCUUGCCAGGCUGCUACCAUCACAAAGACCUUCACCAAGGUUGCUACCGUCACAAAGACUGUCACCAAGGCUGCUCAGCCAACUAACAAUGGAGGCGGUUCUUACGGUUCUUACGGUUACAAGAACUAA